AUGGAUCCAGCUGUGGCGAUCGUGUUGGGCCAGGAUCCCGCGCCAUUCGAGCAGCUGCUGCAGCGACUCCUUUCCCCGUCAAACGACGACAGAGGCGAGGCCGAGCGCAUAUUUAAUCUCUGCAAGCAGCACCCUGACGCUCUCGUCCUCCGCCUCGUCGCGGCGCUGCAGUCCUCCGCCGCAGGAGCGGACGUGCGUACGAUCGGCGCGGUGCUUCUUAGACGAGUGAUCACGAAGGACAGCGUGUCGCUAUGGCCGCAGCUGAGUCCCGCGACGCAGGCGACCGUUAAGACUGAAUUACUCGCUAGCGUGCAGAGAGAGCCUACUAAGGCGAUCUGGAAGAAGCUGUGCGACACGAUCGCGGAGCUCGCGGCGGGGAUCGUGGAGUCAGGGACAUGGCCGGAGCUGCUUCCAUUCAUGUUCCAAUGCGUGUCGUCGUCGGACGAUCGGCUCAAGGAAGCAUCGCUGCUGAUUUUUGCGCAGCUAGUGCAUUUCUUCCAGUCGCAGCUCAAGCCUCACCUGCUCACUCUACACAAUGUGCUUCUGCAGUGCCUCUCUCAGUCAGCCAAUCCCGACGUGCGGAUCGCCGCUCUCCGGGCAGCUGCGAAUUUCGUCGAGGCGCUUGAAACUCCCGAGGAGCUGACGCAAUUCCAGGAUCUGCUGCCUGGAAUGAUGCAGACGCUGAAUCUGUGCCUGCAGAGCAAGGACGAGGCCAGCGCGCAAGAGGCGCUCGAAAUGCUCAUCGAGGUUGCCGGCAUCGAGCCGCGCUACAUGCGCAAGCAGCUGACUGACGUCAUCGCCGCAAUGCUGCAGAUCGCGGAAUCCACGCAGCUCGAGGACGCCACGCGUCACCUCGCCAUUGAGUUCCUGAUCACGCUGUCAGAGGCCCGCGAGCGCGCGCCGGGGAUGAUGCGCAAGGUGCCUCAUUUGGUGGGACGGCUGUUCGCAGUGCUGAUGGCGAUGCUGCUGGAUAUCGAGGACACGCCCGAGUGGCACGCCGCGAAUGACGAGGAGGAGGAUUCCGGAGAGACCGCGAAUUACGAGGUCGCGCAGGAGUGCCUUGAUAGGCUCGCGAUAUCGGUUGGUGGAAACACCGUUCUCCCCGUCGCGUCGCAGGCGCUUCCCGCAUACGCGAACGACGCGGAUUGGAAGAAGCGACACGCAGCGCUCGUGUGCCUCGCGCAAAUCGCGGAGGGCUGCACCAAGGUGAUGUCGAAGAGUCUGGAGUCGGUGGUGGACAUGGUGCUCGCCGCCUUUAACGACCCCAACCCGCGCGUCAGGUGGGCGGCGAUCAACGCGGUGGGGCAGCUGUCGACGGACCUGGGGCCGGACCUGCAGCAGCAGCACCACGCGCGCGUGCUGCCCGCGCUCAUCGCCGCCAUGGACGACGCCGCCAACCCGCGCGUGCAGGCGCACGCCACCGCCGCCAUCCUCAACUUCAGCGAGGCCGCGACGCCCGAGAUCAUGGCGCCGUACCUGGACCAGCUGCUCAACAAGCUGCUGCAGUUGCUGCAGUUCGGCAAGCGCAUGGUGCAGGAAGGGUCGCUCACAGCCAUUGCCGCCAUCGCUGACUGCUCCCAGGAGCAUUUCUCAAAGUACUACGACGGCGUCAUGCCGUAUCUCAAGACGGUGCUCACGCAGGCGGGCGACAAGGAGCAGCGCAUGCUGCGCGCCAAGGCGAUGGAGGCGAUCAGCCUGGUGGGCAUGGCGGUGGGCAAGGACAAGUUCCGCGCCGACGCCAAGGAGGUGAUGCAGGUGCUCGUCUCGCUGCAGUCCGCGCCCAUGGAGGACGACGACCUCACCAUGAGCUACAUGCUGCAGGCGUGGGCGCGGCUGUGCAAGUGUCUGGGGGCGGAGUUCCUGCCGUUCAUGCACGUGGUCAUGCCGCCGCUGCUGCACUCGGCCUCGCUCAAGCCUGACGUCACCAUCUCCGACAUAGAUGAUGAUACAGCCAAUGAUGAUGACGAUGAUGACAGUGUGGAGACGAUAACGAUCGGCGACAAGAAGAUCGGCAUCCGCACGAGCAUGCUGGAGGAGAAGGCCACGGCGUGCAACAUGCUCUGCUGCUAUGCCGACGAGCUCAAGGAGGGCUUCUUCCCCUGGAUCGACCAGGUGGCGCAGCUGAUGGUGCCCUUGCUCAAGUUCUACUUCCACGAGGAAGUCCGCAAGGCUGCCGCUCAGUCCAUCCCGGAGCUGCUGUUGGACGGCAAGCUGGCAGUGGAGAAGGGCGUGGCGCCGGCAGUGACAGCAACAGCAGAGGGCGAGAAGCGCUACCUCAAGCAGAUGGUUGACUUCCUUGUUCCUCCUCUGGUGGAAGUUCUUACCAAGGAGCCUGAGGUGGAGAUGAUUGUCGUCAUGCUCGAGUCCCUGCAAGAAUGCAUUCAGCUGGGGGGAGCGGAGCUGAGUGCGGAGCAGGUGGCGCAGGUGGUGGCGCAGCUGAAGGCGGUGGUGGAAGGCAGCCGGGGGCGGCGCAAGGAGCGGCUGGAGCGCACACAGACAGAGGACUUUGAUGAGGAGGAGAGCGAGCUGCUGCAGGAGGAGAACGAGCAGGAGGACGAGGUGCUCGAUCAGGUGGGCGACUGCAUAGGAGAGUUGGUGCGCGUGUUCAAGGGCAGUUUCAAGCCCUUCGCUGAUGACCUCGCUCCCUUCGUGCUGCAGAUGAUGGACAAGAGUCGGCCAUCCACGGAGAGGAGGGUGGGCAUAUGCAUCUUUGACGACCUGGCGGAGAACAUGGGCGACGCUGCUGCCAGCUACUUCCCGGCCUUCCUGCCGCACAUCUUGGAAGCAGUCCUCGACCCCUUGCCCGAGAUCCGACAGUCAGCAGCAUAUGGCAUCGGCAUCUGUGCACAACACGGAGGCGCUGCCUUCACACCAUACGUGCCAGACACGGUGGCACGGCUGGGGCAGGUGGUGAGCAGUGCGGACAGCAAGACUGAGCUGAGCGUGUCAGCCACAGACAACGCCAUAUCAGCGCUGGGGCGGCUGUGUGAGCACCAAGCGCACGCGCCCUUUGACUCGGCGCACGUGCUCUCCGUGUGGCUCGCCUACCUGCCCAUCCGCGAGGACCGUGCCGAGGCCAAGGUCGCACACGCCCAGCUCUGCGGCCUGCUCGAGAGGUCGGACGCUCGUAUUCUUGGCCCCAACAACCAGAAUCUGCCCCACAUUGUUGGAGUGCUGCUGGAGGUGCUCAAGGCGGGCACGGAUCUGGCUACAGAGGAGACAAACAAGCGAGCCGGUCGCCAAUGGAAUGGUCAAUCCGCGACUGCUUUCGUGUUCGCGAAUGUUCGCUGGAGACCUUGCGAUGAUCCUGUGUCGUCUGGAGCUCUGCCAAUGUCACCAUUCCGUCUUGACUGUCAAGACGAGUCUGCUAGUCUCCAAUGUCACGGAGUUCGUAAUACCAUCCCUAUGUUCCACGCAUUCUCAGAGUUAUCCUACGCAAAGGUUCUAGAGCGGACUGCAUUUCUCGCCAUGGCUGGCAAGCGCGCUGCGCUGGCGAUGCUCGCGGUUCUAGCGGUAGUCGGCGUGUCGUGCGCUGCAGCGGACGACGGCAAGGUGCUGACGCUCGACUUCACGAAUUUCGAGUCGGAGGUUAAGGACCACGAUUUCAUCGCCGUUAUGUUCUACGCUCCCUGGUGCGGUCACUGCAAGCGACUAGAGCCGGAGUACUUGAAGGCAGCGGAGAUGCUGGCGGAGGAGGGGUCGGAGAUAGUGUUGGCGCGCAUCAACGGCGAUGAGAAGAAGCACAAGGCCAUCGCCAGGAAGUACGGCGUGGCGGGCUUCCCCACCAUCAAGAUCUUCCGCACGGACUACGCGUCCCCCCUGACGUACAAGGGGCCGAGGGAGGCAGCGGGGCUGGUGGCGUAUCUGAAGAAGCAGGCGGGGCCGGCGAGCACCAAGGUGCGGUCAGGGUCCGACCUCAAGCGCGCCAUGGAGGACGACAGUGUUGUUGUGGUGGGGCUGUUUUCAACGCUAUCAUCCCCCGAGUUUGAGUCGUACCUGUCAGUGGCCAGGGAGCUGCGCACGGACUUUGUCUUCAAGCACACCACCGACGCCUCGCUGCUGCCCGCUAAAGGGCCUGAGCUCCAGGCACCCGCUGUGCGCCUGCUGAAGCAGUUUGACGAGGGGUACUCCGACACCCAGGAGUUGUCACCAGCAGCGCUCAAGUCCUUCAUAGAGCGGCAUGCGGUGCCCCGAGUGGUGGAGUUCAGCCAGGACCCCAAGGACCGCCCCUACCUCGCCCGCGUCUUCCAGGCUCCCAUAAACAAGUCGCUGCUAUUCCUGACUUACAGCCUGCCAGACGCACCUGAGUUCCGCAGUCGGUACGUGGAGGCGGCACAGGAGCAGCCCGACAGCAUCCGCCUCGUCAUUGGGGAGGCUGCGGCCAAUGAGCAUGCUCUCAAGUACUUUGGGCUGGCAGUGAGUGACACGCCAGCCAUGGUCAUUCACGAUCCGCGCUAUGAUGCCAAGUUCAUCCGCACCCACAUCGCCCCCUCUGACAUCGCCCCCUUCCUCGCUGACUUCCAGGCGGGGAGGGCAGAGAGGGUGCUGAAGAGUGAGGCGGUGGCGCAGGGGGACUCAGGGGCGGUGAAGAAGGUGGUGGCCAACAGCUUCAAGGACACCGUGCUCAACUCCCGCAAGAAUGUGCUGCUGGAGUUCCACGCCCCCUGGUGCACGGCGUGUGCUGACCUGGACCCUGUGCUCAAGGACGUUGCAGAGAGCCUCUCUGGCCAGAGGGACGUUGUUGUUGCCAAGAUGGAUUUCUCCGCCAACGACAUUCCAUCGGAUAAGUUUGAUGUGAAGGCACUGCCCACCAUCUACCUCUAUACAUCCGCUGGUGUUGCCGUGCCAUACGCUGGCGACAACUCCAAGGCCAGUCUCCUUGCCUUUGUCAGGAAACACAAGGGAUCCAAGAUGGCUGCUGCUUCUCCCCCGUCUGCGGAAGAAUUGGCGGAGGCGGAGGAGAUUGCCAAUGCGGAGGAAGAGGGUGUGGAUGAGAGGAAGGAUGAGCUGUAG